GCGCGACUGACUCAGCCGGGGAUCGAGGGGCGCGAGGGAUUGUUACUUUCACCCGAUAUCGUCGGUGUAUCUCCGGCCUAAGGGUGGGUCUGUUUUUCGUGCGGGAGGGGUCGCGUACGAGCGGCGGCCGCGUACGUGUGGCGAAUCGGCGCCGUGAGCAUCGUUUCGAGUCGUCGUUCUCGUGUGGCAAGUUACGUGGAGGAAGGGCGGCUCCGUAAGGAAUCGCCCGGUCGCCUGGCCCUCGAUCCGGCGGUUACGACGACAACGACGAUCGAAAGCGGAUGGAACGCGGCGCUCUUCGCACGCUUCUUCCCUGAUUCCCCGCUCCCAUCGGUUUGUACAAGGGAAGAGAAAAGAAGAGAGAGAGAGAGAGAGAGAGAAAGAGGAAGGAAGAAAGCCAAGGAGACAUAAGGGAGAGAGAGAGAAAGAUAGGGAGACAGCACGCACGAGCCCCCCCGGCACGUAGGUACGCUCCAGUCGUUCAUGGCUGCGGCUCGGGGUGGGGGAAAACAAGCCGUGUAACGACGUAAGAUCCCAAAAGCUCUUUAUGCAGGAAUAUGUCAAGUUUAAAAAUCGGAGUCGAAACGAUUAUCUGUUGUAGCGGUGUUAUUUCUCCCGACACACAGUGUCGUUAUUUGGAUUAUAGAGUAAACCCCGAUAGGAAAAUAUUUAUGAAGUUACAUGAUGGAUCCUUGAACUUUUGUCAUCUGUGAUUAUGUGGAUAUCUGAGAAGGAAAUACAUGUAGAAAUAUCGAUAGUUUAAUUUCAGCAUAAUAUUUUGGCAAUAACAAUAUAUCUACAAUCUCAUUUGUUAAUUUAUGAUACCAUCUUUAUGUAAAGUUUGCACAAUUUGCCUAUCGGGGUACUGCAUGACUAUAGAAAAGUGAAGGUUUCCACCUCUACCAGUGUGGGGUGUUGGUAAUGCACUUGCUUGCGCUACCCUUGAGAACGAUGGAUUCUGACCAAAGAAAUCAGCAGGUGCAUCUCAGCACUGAGCAAUAAUAAAAAAUAAAAUAGAUUAAUAAAAAAAAAAUAAAGCGAAAAAACUAAAUAAUGAAUGCCUGCUGCACUCACGCCGUCGACUCUGUACAAGCAGACUUAAGUAUUUGUUGAAGUAGUACGUGAGUAGCGGCUGUUCACGCCACACACUCAGCUGUACAUACAAAUCUCUAAAUACAUAUAUAUCGUCAUAUAUAUAUAUAUAUGUAUUUAUUCUUACGCACAUGGCAGCCAUGAAGCAUGGCAAGACGAGUCAAGACGACGUAUGUUACGUUGUCGCCAAAUAUGACUAUGGGGCUCAGGGCGCCCAGGAACUAGAUUUACGUAAGAACGAUCGCUAUCUGUUACUGGACGAUUCGAAGCAUUGGUGGCGAGUGCAAAGCGCGAGAGGACAGGCAGGCUAUGUGCCGAGCAAUUAUGUUAAGAAGGAGAAGCCUUCGCUGUUCGAUAGUAUUAAAAAGAAGGUCAAGAAGGGCUCCGGUUCUAAGACCUUGCCAUCCAGUAACUCGCCGUCCCGGGCGGUUGAGUCCCCGAUCAUGGCGCGACGUCUACCGGCUGAUCCGAGCGAGGCGAUCGGCACGGCGGUCGUCAAGUAUAAUUAUCAGGCUCAGCAGGCGGAUGAGUUGUCCCUCGUGAAGGGCACUAGGAUCCUGAUACUCGAGAAGAGCAAUGACGGCUGGUGGCGAGGCCAGAGUGGCACUCAGGCCGGUUGGUUCCCCUCUAAUUACACCCAGGAGGAAGGCGAUGCCGACGAUACGCUGCACACGUACGCGAUGGCCGAGAAUGUGCUCGACAUCGUGGUAGCUCUCUACUCAUUCUCGUCCAACAAUGACCAGGAGCUAUCGUUCGAGAAGGGCGACCGCCUCGAGAUCCUCGACCGUCCACCAGCAGAUCCCGAAUGGUAUAAAGCGAGAAAUAGCCAGGGACAGGUCGGGUUGGUGCCGCGCAAUUAUCUUCAGGAGCUCAGCGAAUAUUUGACGCAACCAUACCGCGAACGUGGUAUGACAAGUAGUGAAAUCAGCCAGGGAGAUUCUCUCGAACGAAGGCCAGACCCCGGUGAUCGGCCGCAUCUCGUCGGCAAGCCUUGGUACUACGGUAGUAUUACGCGCUCACAAUGCGACACGCUGCUCAAUCAACACGGCCACGACGGAGAUUUCCUAAUCAGGGAUAGCGAAACCAACAUGGGCGAUUAUUCGGUAUCCUUGAAAGCACCGGGACGUAACAAGCACUUUAGGGUACAUGUGGAAGGUGCAUUAUACUGCAUCGGUCAGAGGAAGUUCCACACGCUAGAUCAACUCGUAGAUCAUUAUCAGAGGGCUCCAAUUUACACCAAUAAGCAGGGCGAGAAGCUGUAUUUGGUGCGCCCACUACCAAAAGGCAAUGCCAGUAGCAACGGUUGCUAGAUGAAUUCGUGCCAUGAAGAAAAAACAGUCCAUGCGCUUUCAAAUGUAUCGCUAAGAUACGUGACGCCUGCCUAGUAAUAUCAAUAUCACACAUCUCGUACGUUUAUACAAUAACAAUUAAUAUAAUUGGUCUACUCGUAUAUUAGUGUUUCUCGAUUGUUUUUCUCCAUUUUACACAGUGAAGUAUAAUUUAUUACUCUAAGUGAAUCGUAUUACACUCCUCGGAGCUUCCAGAUUACUCAGCAAACGAACAAACAUUUAAUACGGCAGCUACGUGAAAUUAAUUGACAACACAAGGCUUAUCUUUAUAUUCAUAUGUAAUUGUAAAACGCGAACCGACUGUUAUUACGAUUAAUAAUAUAUUAUUACAACUGCAUAUAAUAUAGACUGCAAGUGUAAUGAAUCAAGUAAUAAAAAAUUAAUUAUCAUGCAAUUAUGAACGAUUAAGUGGAUCUCUACUCUAGAGCUAUUGGUAUUGAAUUAUAACAAAGACUAAGUGUUCAUUUGUGAUUUUGUAUUUAUAUUAGAAGUUUUUAAGUAAAUAAACUGUAUUUAAGUGUGCAUA